AUGGUUUCAAGAAAUUAUAGGCCAAGUAUGGAAAAGUCUAGUAUUGAUUUGAAUCAUGAAACAUCAUCGACAUCUGUCUCUGAAACCCAACCUGAACAUAGUGUUGAAGGGUUGGAAAAUGUAGUUCUACACAAUGAAGAUGAAUCAAGUGGUUGGUCUGAUGAGAAAAUUCUUGAGAAUGCACAUCAAUUGUACAAAUCUGAAAAUAACAACUCAAAUUUUCUACUUGUGGACUGUUGGAGAUUGCUAAAUGAUGAGCCGAAAUGGAAUACAAUGUACCAACCAAAAUGUGGUAAGAGAACAAAGGUGUCAGAUACAGGGGCAUUUACUUCUUCUUCCAAUGCAGACAUCAGUGAUGAUGAAGUACGUGAAGUGCGCCCUACUGGCCAAAAGGCAGCAAAGAGAAAAGGGAAGGAAAAAAAAGACACACAUGCUAGAUUUAUAGAGAUUAGUGAACGGAAAGCAUCUGCAUUGGAGAAAUUGGUGGCGAUAAAGGAGAAAGAGGCAGAAGAUAAUAGGAUGACAAAAUACAUGGAUUAUCUCAUCAUGGACACGUCGCAUAUGACUCCUGAACAAAAGAAAGAUCAUGAAAACUUGUACUAUAUUUUAACGGCUAUAUUUUAA